GUUACCUACGAGAUGAGCAAAGCACAGAAGAGGAAACGCCUAAACCAAGGCGACGGCGAAUCAAAAACUCCGGUCAUUAAAUCCGCUGUUGACGGUGGAGAUCCUUACCCCGCACUUCUUAGACCUACCGCUGAAGAAUGCCGAGACGUGAGAGAUGCUUUGUUGUCUCUCCAUGGGUUCCCUCCCGAGUUCGCUAGUUACCGCCGUAAGAGACUCCGAUUAUUCUCCGCCGUCGAUGAUCACGGUACACAAUGUACGGUGAAACCUGAGCCGUUGGAUGAAGCGGAGGAAGAGAGUGUGCUUGAUGGGCUGGUUAAAAUUCUUCUCUCCCAGAACACAACUGAGAGCAAUUCCUUAAGAGCUUUUGCUUCUCUGAAAGCUGCAUUCCCGAAAUGGGAAGAUGUUUUGGCUGCUGAGUCAAUAUCAAUUGAGAAUGCUAUACGAUGUGGAGGAUUGGCUCCUAAGAAGGCUGUGUGUAUCAAGAAUAUAUUGAACAGAUUGCAGAACGAAAAAGGCGUAUUGUGCUUGGAGUAUCUGCGCAGUUUAUCGGUAGAUGAAGUAAAAUCUGAGCUCUCUCAAUUUAAAGGAGUAGGACCUAAAACGGUUUCUUGUGUCCUCAUGUUUAAUCUCCAGCACAAUGAUUUCCCAGUAGACACUCAUGUGUUUGAGAUCGCAAAGGCGUUAGGUUGGGUCCCCAAAACCGCAGACAGGAAUAAAACCUACGUUCAUCUCAACCGCAGGAUCCCCGAUGAGCUCAAGUUUGAUCUGAACUGUCUGUUAUAUACACAUGGUAAGCUCUGCAGCAAUUGCAAGAAGAAUGUUGGUAAACCAAAAGCAAAAGCUAAAGCUAAAGAGGCAUCUCCUAGUCCUGAUAAUUGCCCUCUUGUGCGUUUCUCUGAUUUAGUCUAGAUAACCUGUAUUAGAACUCAUUUGUUUCGGUUUGCUUCGGUGUAGUGUUAUUUUUGGUCC